CCGCCCCCUUCUGCAGCUAUCGCUCUGCAUCCUUUUCUCCCUUUUCCUCCUUCCUUUCCCUCUCUUUCAUCGAUUGUGAAUCGAGUUCCUGUAUUCUCAUCAUCUCUACUCCAUCCUUAUCCUCCUCCUUUCAUCAUGUUGGGCGCUUUCCGCAGGGCCGGUGUGUCCCAUGCGCUGCGAGCAUCUCGGGCUCUUGCCGUUAAGACGACUUCGCAGCGCGCUCCGUGGGCUAUUUCCACUGCUACUCCCAUCUCGCAGACUCUCCGGUCCUCUUUCCACACCUCGCCUGUCCGUUUCUCGGUUGCUGCUGCUGCGCAGGAGGCCGAGAAUGCGGCCACUCCGACCCAAUCUGAGGAGUUGACCAACUUCUCUCAGUUGCAGGGCAAGAUUGAUCCCAAGUUCAUCGACAACAUCACGAGGAAGAUGAAGAUCACUACUAUGACAGAUGUGCAGAGUAGGACGAUUGCUGACACUCUUGAUGGAUCUGACUGUCUUGGACAAGCAAAGACUGGAACAGGAAAAACCCUAGCUUUCUUGGUUCCUGUCGUUGAAAGAGUGCUUAGAGGGUUGCCAAAGUCGCGCCGCGAGAAACAGAUGAUGCGCGCGGACGACGUUCGCGCCAUCAUCAUCUCGCCUACCCGAGAGCUGGCUGAACAGAUUGCCACCGAGGCAAGACGCCUCGUGGAAGGGACGGGCGUGGAGGUGCAGACUGCCGUUGGAGGAACACAGAAGCUUUUGCACAUGAGGAAAUGCCAGACCGAAGGCUGCCACAUCCUCGUUGGUACCCCAGGCCGUCUUUAUGACGUCCUGUCCAACGCAUACACCCGCAUCAAUGCUCCUAGGCUGUCUGCUUUCGUGCUGGAUGAAUGUGAUCGUCUUUUGGAUGAAGGUUUCUCUCAAGAUAUCCAGCAAAUCGCGAACUUGCUGCCUGAUCCCACCAAGGUCGACCGCCAGACCCUGAUGUUCUCCGCCACCAUGACUCGUGACGUGAUGCGCUUGGUUCGGAUGAUGAUGAAGCCUGGUUUCAAGAAUGUUAAGACCAUCGACGAGAAUGAAACCCCUACUCACAUGGCUGUCCCUCAGAGAACUGUUAUCAUGAACGGCUACGAGAAUGCUUUCGCCUCUGUCCUCGAGAUGGUCAAGAACUAUCGGGAGAACUACAUGGCGAAGCGUAACGAGGACCCGGACCUUCGUCCUUUCAAGGCCAUCGUUUACCUGAACACCACAAAAAUGACUUCUUUGGCCGCUCACGUCUUCGAGGGCCUGCUCAACGACCCGUCCGACGUUCGCAGUGGACAUCCCUUGGGUAACAUGCCUUUGUUGGAGAUUCAUGGCCAAUUGACCCAGGCUCAAAGAACUCGCACCUCGCAAGACUUCCGCGCUUUCAAGGAGGCUAUCCUCUUUUCUUCUGAUGUCACCGCUCGUGGUAUGGAUUACCCUGAUGUGACUCAUGUCAUCCAGAUUGGUACUCCCCGCGACCGCGAAACCUAUAUCCAUCGUCUGGGACGGACAGCCCGUGCCAACAAGAAGGGUGAAGGAUGGCUUUUCCUCCACAAGGAUGAGAAGGCGCAUGCACAAAGACAACUGGCCGGUCUCCCGCUCAAGAUUGACAGAUCUAUCGAAUCGUCCACCAAGGAUCUUGAAACCGAAGAACUUAACGAGUACCUCAAUCAGGUCAAGAAAGCUGCCGAAAUUGUCCCCACUUACCUCAAGGAGGAGGCCGUGUCGACCUUCAGAAGCCACCUUGAGGGUGCUUUGGGCAGAGGCGCUCCAGUGGCCCUCAAGAACUUCGCAACCCUCGGCCUCGGUCUUCAAACUGGACCCGGCACGAGCCGCAACUUCAACUACGCUGACAGAGGCAGAGGCCGCCCACUCGACCCUCGCGAUCGGAGUGGUGGUGACCGUGGUGGCUUCGGCUCUCGCGGUGGCGACCGUGGUGGCUUUGGAUCUCGUGGCGGCGACCGUGGUGGCUUUGGAUCUCGUGGUGGCGACCGUGGUGGCUUUGGAUCUCGCGGUGGUGACCGUGGUGGCUUUGGAUCUCGCGGCGGCGACCGUGGUGGCUUUGGAUCUCGUGGCGGCGACCGUGGUGGCUAUGGAUCUCGCGGCGGUGACCGCGGAGGCUAUGAGUCUCGUUACUAAUAGCCCCUGGCUCAAUUUGUGGUCAACAAAUUUUUUGACGCUACCUGCACGACACCUUUUGCAAUGUUGCCCAAGUCAAGGAGUUAUUUUUUUUUUCAGGGGGUUUACUAAAAUGCUUUGACUAUUGACAUGUAACUCUACUCUAGAUACCAGAUGACAUAAUAUUCUUGUACAAUACAGUUUGUCCAUU